AGCCAUUUCCUUUCGUAGUAUCAAUUUGUGAGGAACUGGCUUACAUUGCUACUUUGUCGAGCUUCAGAUACAAUUGUAACACCAAGCCUGGUAUUGAUUGCUGACGCCGCAAGCAUCGCUUCAAGAUGAGCGAUGCUUGCGUUGAUGACCACUCAAACCCUCCAUGGGAUCCACUUCGUGAACAAGAAUGGGCGAGCCUUAGUGCGGAAGUGGACAGCAUGGAGGCAAUGGGGAACUGGGACAGUGUUUGCUCGUCAGGUCAUGUUCCGACACACUCAGAUCAUGGGGAUGACUGCGAUGUGCUCAACAUCUCCUGCCCUGUGACACGACCCAAGGUCUGUCUGCAGUUCAGUCAAGUGGCAAUAGACGGGGAGCCCAACCUGGAUACUAACACUGGUUGGCCGUUCGGAAUGUCUCAGGGGCUGAAUGGACCUCUGCAAGGUCGGGGAGCUGCUGGUGCAGAGAAGCAUGGAGAGAUGUGCGUUAGUCACAUGGAGCAUGACGUGGACGACGCUCUGUUCGAUGAUGCUGACGAUGAUCCCGACAAAGAACUGAGCAUUCCAUUCCAGCUUUCAAGGAAUGAGAACAAGGAUGGGAUGUUUCACACUGGGAUGAAUGGAUACAACCGAGUGAAAAUCGAGAAUCGAAAAGACUCCUUGAAUCUUACUCUGGCGAUUCCUGAUGGAAAAACAGAAGCUUAUCUUGUGGAAGCCGACUCUGCACCGCCCAUGGCAGUGGCCAAGACCGAACCUGGAGAGAGCUCACUGUUUCCUGUUCAUCUGUUCGUGACGGCAAUUGCUGAUGGAAAGAUUUUGAGUGACUCCCCACCCAAAGUGAAUGCUGUUUUGGAGCAAGUUCGCAAGAAGGUUUCGAAAGAACAGAACACAGUCGUCCAAGUCUGCAAUGAAGGGGCUGUUGAUUUGAAGAUGAGGGUCUUUGUUGCUAACAGUGUGGAGGCAAAGGCAGUAUGGGACUACAUCAGUACUCACACUAAUCAGAUCCCUGCUCCCUUCGUUGUGCUUUCAAAACAACUCAUGAUGGCUGUGAGCUAUGAUUCAAGUUCUUUGGAUCCCUCGCUUGCAAGUGUUGCAGACCGGCUUCGCAAGCAGGCAAGCCCGAUCGAAUUUGCUUUGCAAAGCAGUGUGACCUGGUCGAUGCAGAUCAAGACGCAUGCGGUCAAAGUGCUUAGGGAGGCCAUCGGAGAUAAGGCGUGCACCCUUACUACGGCUAUGCUUCGAGGCUACAGUGGCCCCAUGGCGCCGGCUAAGAUUAUCGAACCCUUGGUUCAACAACGAGCUACACUGGUGCCUGGGCAUCCAGUGAAGCGAUUCAUUAUCUUGCCUGCGAAGAACAAGAGUGUGAAAGAUGAGAAGAGUGCCAACGGCAGGAUGUUCUUCAGCAACCCCAACCCCACCAUCGUCCUCGGGAAACAUGAAGAGAUGGACCUCAUGUGGGAAGGAAGGCUCACUGCCCAUUUCCCUGUAAACUUAUUCGUCACGGCCAUCGCGGACGGCGAGAUGGCCCGUGAUACCCCUCCCAAGGUUCAAGAACGCUUAGCUCAGAUCGUUAGGAAAGUUCCCAAGGAGCAGAACACGUCUGUUGAGGUCUCGGAAGGAUGCACUAUUGAUUUGAAGAUGAGAGUUUUCGUUGUGAACUCGGAGGAUGCAAAGGCUGUCGGGGAGUACAUCAAUUCACACAUGGACCAGUUGCCCAUGGCAGUUUUGUAUGAUCCUACAGCGUUGGAUCUGUCAGAUGCAUCUGUUGCCGACCGCCUUCGUAAGCAGGCGAAGACUCGUGCAGUGAAGGUGCUGAGAGAAGCCAUCGCCACUAAGUCGCUUGGCAUCACUCAACACAUGCUGCGUGGACACUGUGGGGCGAUGCAACCUUCGGAACGCCUUACGGAUUUCCUCAUCACUAGGACACAAGUUUUAGAAUCAGAUCCCAAGAACAGAUAUUUUGUGUUUGCUGCACGCAACAAGGGCUGCAGUGUUCCUUGUUCGCCCCGCAAGCGUCCGACUCCUGACUCACCUCCAGUGGUUGGCGAUGCUCUCAAUCAUCUCGACCCUUCGUGCGAGAACGCAGAUGGAGACGCGAGCGGUGGGCAAGCACCAGGAAUGAACGUGGGCCCGAUGAUGAAGCAAGCAAGCAUACGUCCCUUGUCAGUGGGCGUCAAUAGACGAGGAGGAGCCGCGUCGGCGUCGCACCUGCAUCGCAACAUGCUCGACAAGGCGUUCAACAAGAAGAUGAAGGGUUCGUUCGAUCACAUCUCUCCCAUCCCCUCAGGAUCUACUCUCUGAGCGUGCCCUCGUCCCCCCUUGGAUUUUCUCUGGCGGAUUUUUCGAUUCGGAGAAGGAGAGGCGAACAGGUUGAAGGAGGAAACGCGCAGCCUCGGUCGUCUCCGUACCGUAGGAAGAGGACGGGAGGGGAGAAGGAGGAGGGGGAGGAGGAGAGUUGUCUAGAUGUUUUUGUUUUUUGAGGAUGAGAAGAUUGGUCGCGAGAGAGAGUAAGAGGUUAUCUGCCAUGCUCAGCUGCUACUCACUUGAAGUAAUAAAGUCGUUUCAAGUUG